AUCAGAACAUCUUAUGUGUUGGCCAUUGUUUUAGCUCUAUACGCACGACGCCACAAGUCAUUCAAGACACAGCUGAUUGACCACAUCCAGAGGUGUACUAUCAGAUCCAAAGUUGUGGUUGUCUCAGAUGAUUUCAUACUAAAAGUGAUGAGUAAACCAGUUGCUAAAGAUAGCCCUUCUGUGAACAUCAACUACAAGUCAUUCGGACCGGGUGGCAGGGAGACCGCGAGACGUGUCAUCCCAAAACAAAAGGGUCGACAUAAACCAAACAAGACUCUAAUAAUUGUGCCUAAAAAACAGUUCAGUGAAACCUUUACACAAACUGAGGAGGACUGUGUUACUGAUGUGAAUCAGUUAACAAAAGCUGCCCAGGUCAUUUACUCUUUCUGUCAUUCAAAUGGAGGGGAAAUCCUGCACACUGAAAAAGUUCUUGAAGAGUCGACAAAGAUCCUACAAGCCCUCUCUCUUCUGAACAAGUCUUUUGACUUUUCUGAUAUUCCUGAAUCAAUACCAUUUACCAGAAAGUUGAAAGAGGAAGUCAAAAGCAUAGAAAAGUGUCAAAAACGCUGCAGAGAACUUAUAUCUUCUGAAGAACUUAGAACCUUCUUACCAAAAUCUAAACUGACAAGUGGAAACCUUUUGGUUCACUGCAGAUAUUUAUUGGAGGAAUUCAGCCACAGAGAAAGGAAGUUCAGACAAGCAGUUCUUUCCAUAGUUGAAUCAGAAAACCUAGGUAAGACCAAAGCUGAAGCUAUUUUAUCACAGACUGACCACAAAGAGCAAAUUCACAAUCUUGUAGAAAGUGUUGUCGAUAAACAAAGGGAUUCCACUGAUAAGGAUAAAAGUGAACUUCACGAACAAUACAAAGACAUCAGCAUCAAACAAAAAAAUGAAAUUCAAAAACUAAAAAUGAGGGUAGAAAAAUUUGAAGAAGAAAAGGAAAAAAUAAAUGAGGAUUGCCGAGAAAAAGUUAUUGAAAUUCAGCAAGAUGUCAUUAAGUGCAAUGAGUUUUGGGAGAAGCAGCAGCAAGAUCUUCUGGAAAAACAGAAGAUCUUGGAAUCAGAAAAAAUGAAAAUGGCAAAACUGAUUGAAGAUGAAAAACAUAGAGUCACUCAAAAAGAAAACGAAAACAAGAAACUCCAAAAACUUUACCAUGAAAUGAAAGAAAAACUAAAGGAAAUGGAAAAACUGAAUUACAACAUGUCUAAGGCUAGGAGGAAAUCACAGAAGAAAACAGAAGAUAAGGGAUGCCAUGCAAAUCUGCGACCUGAAAGUGAAAAUGUUUCCUGCCAAACUGACAGUGCUCCAACCACCAUGCAAGAAACUGUCAAAACUGUCUCCAAAGCAAUUACCACAUCCACUCCCCUACCAGCUAGCAUUCAAGAGAACCUGGAGCCUAGAUAUCAAAACCACUUUCAUGGUUCAGUCAGUAACAUCAACCUCUAUCAAAUCUUCCAUGACCGGGUGUCAACUUCUAAUGCACACCACAGAGACUCUGCAAACACUGGACGCAGCAGCAGAUCCCAUCUCCAUGUUUCGUCCAGUUCUUCUACAAGACACCACAGAACCGCUCAGCACGGACACAAUAUGACCAUGGACCGCUAUGAAGCAAGUGAAAUAGCCAUGCGAUGCGAAUCCAACAUUUCGUUUGCCAAUCCCGAGUCUCUACAUGGUGAUGACUUUAUUCAGGAAUAAUUUGAACACCAAAUGACUUCCAGUGCAUUUGUAUCAAUAUCCUAUGUAAGAGUUACACCCCUUUGUUCUUCUUGGAGUUCCAAUGUUCAUUCAAGUUUGGCAGCAUUGACACCCCAUUUUAAAAAAAAAGUUUUUAAAAUAACCAUGCUUGGAAACAUUUUCAUCAAUUUUUUACACAUACAUGCACAUCAUGGUUACAUAGAGUAAUAGUCUCCAAUGAAUAAUGUAACCUAUAAUUGUUUCCAUUUCAUUUGUUCAAAAACCUUCAUUAUUUUAAUACAUAAUUAUAUUCAUAUGUUUGGGGUUUCUUUGGUAAUUAACUGUCAUUGAGUUAUAUUUUCUCAAUUUACUGUGGAAAUUAUGUGAAUUUAACUCAGUAAAUGGAGUAUGUAUGGGCAAUAAAAUAUGCAAAGAGAAUGUAACUUAA